GAAGCAGAGCUCGCAAACAUGGCUUUGUCCUCUGCAACUCCCAAUCUCCUACGGGCAACUCGUUGUCAAUAUCGAAUACUCCUCAGACAACAACCCAGAAGGACACUCUUUUCGUGGUUGAAAUCCUCAAAGUCAAAACCAUUAUCAAAAUCAGACCCUCUUCCUGUACUCUCGCAGGACGACCUUUUCCAUCCGUUCAGCAAGUCUCCUUUCCCUGCCGUUCGUGCUCGUGGCGAGGCUAUUCAAUCUCUUGCACCAUGCCCCGUCUGUGCCUCUUCACAUCAUCAUGAAGCACACGAAGCCCAUAACAAGGCUCAGCCUAAAGCGGUCAAGUUUGAAUGUCCCGAUUGCGGAUGGCCGACACAUUGUUCAGAGGAGCAUUGGAAAGAGGAUACUGAGCAUGAAAAAUAUUGCUCAAGGCUUAGAGAGGUUAAUGAGGAUGAACAUGACUUGAGGAGUGGCAGACGGUUGAGGGAAUUCGAGUUGCCAGGUCAACAGGAUACUGAGGCUGCCAUUUCGUUCGCCAACUGGGACGUCUUCUGGUAUACCCGUGGCUUCCCGUCAAUGGAUACUGAAAGGUCCCGAAGGCAUGCCAGUAAACUCCUGACUUACCCUACCACCAUUGGUUCCGUUUUGCAUCAACAUAGCGGAUUGACCUUGAGCAAUCAGCGGCUCACGCCAGAGGGUAGUCGAUCGCUUGCAGCAUUGCGAACUACUCUACAUGUCCCGCCAGGAGCUCCAGAGACUGAGGAGGCAUCGGCAGAUAAACCGCAGACACGUAUCUUUAUUCUCGGUGCUCGCGCAGAGUCUUCUCUCCCACCACAUGUUUGGGAACAACUUUGCAUGCUCUUCCCAUCUGCUUUAUUCCACUUAUACUUCAUCGGUCCCCAAGUAUCUUUGCCUAAAUCAAAGAAUGCCGACGCUCCAAAGCCCGCGUCCUCCUCAACAUCCGGGGCUUCUCCUGAGUCAACCGGGGCUACAACUGCCGAAACGACCGCGACUGAUCAGGGUGCUCAAAAUGAGGAGGCAAAGCCCAAGGAGGAAGAAAAGCCUGUCUACCUACCAAACGUUUACGAGCCGCCGACACCUGCGCCCAUAGUUCGUCUGAAACGAACUCGAGAUGCUCUCCAGAAAUUUGGUGUACCUUCCUACACGGUUCCCUACACUCACCAACUCACCAUCACAGGCAUGCAAGCGAACUAUGCUGAAGUGCACGCUCAGUUCGCAGAGACAUUUGAUCCCUACACCGACUGUUUCUUCUUGUUCUCUCCUGGCUUCGGUUUCCCUUCACCUAACAGCACGUCAGAAGUUACUGGAGAACCGCUCUUGCAAAUUGCCUCUCCGACGGAAUGGGGUCCUAUCAUUCCGACCCUCCUUUCAACCAAGUGCCCGAUCUUCGUCACUGGGUUUUCCCCGGCUGAUGUAGAGAGGGAUGUGAAGAGUCUGUCAACUGCUGAGGGAGUAGCUGGAGAGUUCGAUUGGGUAAUUACACCUGGACCCAACGCCUUUGGAAGUGAGAAAUGGGAAGUAGCUGAUUUUGACCCGAGGGUGAUGGUCAAGACGAACUGGGGAGUCUGGGGAAUCAGAGGGAAAACUAGGGAGGUUAGGGAAAGGACGAGCUGGUUCUAGAAUAUCUCAAUUGGUUUUCCCUACAUACAUUACUACUACAUACACAUCCCUGCUCAGCCUCCGUUGUGAAAGAAUAUCGAGAAGUUGCAGCCACAAGCGCGUCGAAGAGCACGUGCGACGCGUUUGGGUGUUCUCCAUAAACGCGUCGCGUGAAGUUGAGCCAGCGCGUUAGUCUUAGACUCUUCUUCCCUCUUGGUUUAAAUAUUUCUUUCU